AGCCUGGAGUUUAGAACCGCCUCUUGCCUCCGUAAUGCUUUCUCAGCCAGGAGCCCAUCCUCUUCCCCUUGAUUGGUGAAAUGACAAAGUACCAUAGCAACCGUCUCCAUACCACACUUCCUCUGUCCCAGGAACUCCACCCUCUUCCUUAUUGGUAGUUUCAGAGGACAGCAUAUAUUCGCGGCGGAAAAUACUGCGCCGCGCAGCAUUUUCUCAUUUAUUGGUCCGCUCUUCACUCCUGUUGCGCCUUUACCCCGCCCUCAUAAGUCACCUUAGCAACCGCUAACCCAAGCAACGACGCUUCUGACGGAUUGGCUGAACCAAGACUAUUUCUUGGUCCCGAUUGGCUGACGAGUUACCACAGGGGGCAGGCCUCAAUGCUCUGACCCGUAGCCGAGGCCUGAAGGCACACAAGGCGGAGGCACAGAGCCACAGAGACUGGGGCAGCGGCAGCGGGUGGUGCGAUGGAACGAAGAAAAUCAAGUGCAGUUUCCGGACUGAGCUCUGUUGUGGGAUUGGGCUUCAACCCAAGCUCCGAGGAGCGGCUGGAUGCGACCCUGGGCCUGAACCAGGAAGCAGAACUGAAUUUAGAGACGGCGAAAGAGCUAAAUCAAGAGCUAGAGCCCGAACCUGGGGGAGAAAGCAAAGAGGAGGAGCUGGGAGCCAACCUGUUGCCGCCGCCACUUCCCGCGCCCCGGAUCUGCUUGUGGAAAUACCUGGAUGUACAUUCCAUGGACCUACUGGAGAAAACCACCACCUUGGAAGAGAUGCAGGAGUUGUUGGCAGAACUGCUAGGCCUGGGGAAGACCGAGAGGAGCCCUAGGGAGGCAGUGAUACUGGAUAUGUUUUGCCACACCUUGAUCUUCUGCCGGCAGCAGCACUUCUCUCAGGAGCAGACCUCGGCUACUUGUGCUCUGCUUCAGGACCUCCACAAGGCCUGCAUUGCAACCCCCUUGGGCAACGUGGAAGAAUGUUUCCAAUUUUUCACCAACCUCCUCUUCUGCCAUGGAGUCAGGCGACCCCCCUUCAGCAUUGACUUAUUUGGGGAAGAGCAGCUGCUGAGCCUAUCAGAUUACAUUGUCAACACCUACUUCCGUCAUUUUAAGCUCUACAAGUAUGUCUUCACUCCCCAGGUGCGGUUAGACUUGUCUUUGAGAUAUGUAGGUCUGCCUGAAGUAAAGCCCCCAGCAGAUGUACAAGAGGAAGAAAGGGUAGUGGAGACAGCAUCUCCUGUUCUAGAAAAGCCAGCACCAGAAAUCAAAACUGAACAAGAACCAAGUAAAGAAUCAAGGGAUCCGGGCGAUAUCCUCCGAGAUUUCAUCUCAGCCCAGCUUACCCAGGAGCUGGGGCAACUCAGGCAGUUGGUGGAGGAGCGACUGAAGGCUGGCGAGGAGCAGCUCAAUAGCAGGCUGGUUGCCCUUGAAAAUCCUACCUUAGUCUCCAAGAGCAAAAACAAAGCCAAGUCACCCCUGGAGCAUUUACCCAAAUAAAAGCCUGGGCCAGACAAGUGCCCUGUCC